AGUUGAAGCAAAAUGGUCAAGUUGUUCCAACUUUUUUGCAUUUUCCUCACCCUCCUUGUAUUCAUCUCAGUACUGGUGAAUGGUGCACAAUGUGAAGAAGAUAUGGGCCCUUGUGAUGACCGUUGCAAUUCAAAGCAUUCGAAUGGGAAAGGAUGUUCAUGUGACAUGUCUUCAAAUGUGGCAAGAUGCAAAUCUAUGUAUGAAAGCGAUGGUUUAUCACCACUGAAACAGAAAAGAUGCAAUGUGGGGAUUGGACCCUGCAGUGCUGCUUGCAAUGAUCAAUGCUGUGAGCAACAUUGUGCAUAUUUAUUCGGGGGGCUUCAAGAUGGUCAUGGCGUUUGCAGUGGGCCUGGACCAAUAGUUUAUAAUCAGUGUAUUUGCUAUUUUAAUUGUUAGAAAUAUAUACAUAUUUGUAUUGAGAAUUUAUAAUAA